CACUUCUCUCCAUACGCCAUUGGUCGGUGUCUCCCAGGCGUUCCAUGUAGACACGAUUCCAUUACUUAUCUUCUUCAUCAUCUGAAUUUCAACAUUCAAUUCAUAUUCGUAAAAAAAUUCAUCGUUUCGGAGAAUUUCCACAAAAUUUAGAGUAAUCAUGAAAUCCAAACUUCAAAACUUCCAAAUUUUCAUUCAAUCGGCAGAUCUCCAGAUCCCCACCCGUGCCUUAAUUUUGCAAAACCCUAACCCUAACACAAAUUUCACUGUCCACCACCUCAAAUCCGACCUUGUUUCUAGAACGAGAAUUUCUCCGAAAUCCCUUUUCUUCAGCCUUAAUGGAAAGCUCCUCGUUGAUUCUACUCCCCUGUUUCAAAAUCCACAAAUUGGUCCCCUCUCCACUCUGACCGUCCAUCUGCGACAUAAUGGUGGUGGUGGAGAUGGUGGCGCUACCGGGGCUGAGUCGCGUGACUGUUAUUUGAAUAUGUAUGCUGUUAAAAAGCCCGAUAAGGUUGACCCUAAUGAGAUGCGGCUGUCAAAGUGGUUAAAUUGUAGUUUAUCAAAUGAGCCGCUGAAACACCCAGUAGUUAUUGAUAAGUUAGGGAAUUUGUUUAACAAAGAGGCGUUGGUGGAGACUUUAUUGAAGAAAAAUUUGCCCAGAGAGUUUGGAUAUAUAAAGGGUUUGAAGGAUAUGAUUGCAGUCGAGCUGGCUGAGGCUCCAGGGAUUAGAGAGAAGGGGGCAGUGAAAUUUCAGUGCCCUAUAACGGGGCUGGAAUUUAAUGGGAAAUACAAGUUUUUCACGAUAAAAAGUUGUGGGCAUGUAUUGAGUGCCAAGGCGUUGAAGGAGGUAAAGUCAUCUGCGUGUUUGGUUUGUCACAAGGAGUUCACAGAAAGUGAUAAGAUUGUGAUCAAUGGGAACGAAGAGGAAGUGAAGGCAUUGAGAGAGAAGAUUGAAGAAGAGGCAAAAUUGAAAGAUAAUAACAAGAAAUCGAAGAAAGUGAAGAAUGGGGUUGCGAAUGGAGAGUUUGGACGUCUGAUAGGUACAAAACAUGGGAUUGAAGGGAAUGUUAUUAACCAUAAUAACGGUUCCUCCAAGAGGUUCAAGGCAGCGGAUAUGGCCCCUGCAAAUGCAACCAAGGAGGUGUAUGCAUCAAUUUUUACUUCGUCAAAGAAGAAAGAUUUCAAGGAGACGUAUUCUUGUAGAUCAUUACCUCUUGGUAGAAACUGAUGAGGGAAUUAUCCAUAAGCAUAAAAAGAAAAGCGGUUCAUCUUCAUCAAGAUGGCAGUGGAUUGAAAUGGUGAUUCAUCAAGAUGGCAGUGGAUUGAAAUGGUGACUACUAGUAGACGACAACUAAUGGAGAUAGCUACCUUCUUUGUGCUGACUAAUCGGUUGCAUUGCUCUUUCUACUGCCUUCGGAUCUAGAGCAGGCGGAUGCUCCCAGAAUAAUUGAAGCCUUGACCUCGUCUCAAACUGAAGAAGGAGAUGUCUAAGUUCAGAAAAAUAAGGAAAAUGAGGUUUUACAGUCUAUAUGGCACAGUGGUUGUGAGUAUAAUUUGUUUUAGAAAGACUUGUUAUUAAAAAUUUAUUUACGAUAUUUUGGUUGGCAACAUUAAAAGUGAGUAUUUGGAAGUUUA